AUGAGCCGCGCAGGAUUCGACAAGUAUAUCACGGUGUUCAGCCCGGAGGGGUCGCUGUAUCAGGUCGAGUAUGCCUUCAAGGCUGUGACGUACGCGGGUCUUCUCACGGUGGCUAUCCGCUGCAAGGACGCUGUCCUCGUCUUCACGCAGCACAACGUCCCGGACAGGUUGAUGCGCCCCGAGACCAUUGCCUCGCUCUAUAACAUCAACGAUGAAAUUGGCGCCUGCGUCACAGGACGCGCCCCUGAUGGAAAGGCGUUGGUGCAGAAGGCCCGCCAAGAGGCAUCCGAGUACAAGUACCACUACGGUGUGUCCGUUCCCGUUAGCGUGCUCGCCAAGCGCAUGGCGGACAAGGCGCAGGUGCGGACGCAACAGGCGGGUUUGCGCCUGAUGGGCGUCACGAUGACAUUCCUCGGCAUGGAGCAGAGGGACGAGGACGGCACGUGGCUGCCGCAGAUCUACUGUGUGGAUCCCGCGGGGUGGUGCGGCAGCUUCCACGCCUGUGCCAUCGGCAAGAAACAGAUUGAAGCCAACGCGUUCCUUGAAAAGAAACAGAAGAAUGAACCCUUCCAUACACUCUCCCAGAAGGACGCUGCCAUGAUUGCGCUUGCGGCACUGCAGAGUGCCCUUGGUGAGUCCCUGAAGGCCACAGAUUUGGAAGUGGGACGAUGCAGUAUGGCCAAGCACAACUUCUGUCGUGUCCCUGAUCAAGAAGUGGAGGAAUGGCUGACGGCUCUGUCAGAGGCGGACUGA